GAGUGCGUGGGAGGGAUUUGAGUGGUUGCAAGCGACCUAGAGAAUCUUCCGUUUACCGUCUCUUUCUUUCAGGCACACAUACCUUCGCGGUCAAUCGCAUCACAUCUUCUCUUAGUUUAGGCUACUCUACCCGUUCGGCGUAUUUCACUCGGAUAACUUCUCUCUAAAGGAAAAUACUGUUUAUGGUUUUGACCGAAGAUUUCAAGAUGUCUCGCACCGACGAGGUUCACCGCAUAACGGAGAAUGUCUACAAGUCCAUCAUGGAACAGUUCAACCCCUGCUUGCGGAACUUCGUUGCCAUGGGGAAGAGCUAUGAGAAGGCCUUAUCCAAUGUGACGUUUGCUGCUAAGGGCUACUUUGAUGCCCUGGUGAGGAUGGGAGAGCUGGCCAGUGAAAGCCAGGGAUCCAAGGACAUGGGGGACGUGCUGUUUCAGAUGGCAGAGGUCCACAGACAGAUCCAAGUACAGCUAGAGGAAAUGCUGAAGUCUUUCCACAACGAGCUGCUGUCUGAGCUAGAGAAGAAGGUGGAGCUGGAUGCUCGUUACCUGACGGCUGCGCUGAAGAAGUACCAGGUGGAGCACAAGAGUAAGGGAGAGAGUCUGGAGAAGUGUCAGGCUGAACUGAAGAAACUCCGCAGGAAGAGCCAGGGCAGCAAGAACCCCUCCAAGUACGGAGAGAAGGAGAUGCAGUUUGUGGAGACCAUCAGUAGUAAGCAGAGUGAACUGGACACCUUCAUAGCAGAGGGCUACAAGACUGCUCUGUCUGAGGAGCGCAGGAGGUACUGUUUCCUGGUGGACAGACAGUGUGCUGUGGCCAAGAACAGCAGUGCUUACCACGGCAAGGGUAAAGACCUGCUGACCCAGAAGAUCCCAGUGUGGCAGCAGGCAUGUUCAGACCCCAACAAGCUGCCAGAGCGGGCCAUGCUCCUAGCCCAGCAGAUGGGCUCUGGGUCUGGCACUGCUUCCCUGAUCAUGGGGGGCUCCAGCCCCAUGCACACCUCCAAGUCUAACCUGUCCAACCUGGUCAUCUCAGACCCCAUCCCCGGGGCUCAGCCGCUCCCCGUCCCCCCAGAACUGGCCGUCUUCAUGGGUGGUGGGCUGGGGCACCAGGCGAGGCUGAUGGGUUCAGAUGGGAUGUCCAUGGUGAACGGUACGACAGGACUCCACGGAGGGGAAGAGUACUGGACAGAGGGGGGUGUGUCAGUCUCCCAGCUCCAAGGAAGACCCUCCUCCCCCCAGGCCCCUUCCCUACCCCAGGGACAGGCCCCCACCCAGAGACAGGUCAGUGAGCACUACUCCAAUACCCUGCCCGUCCGCAGGCCCCAGCCUGCCAAGAACAAGACCUCUGUUGGUGAGACCCGUACCCUGCCCAGGUCUAGCUCCAUGGCUGCGGGGCUGGAGAAGAACGGUCGCGCCCGUGUCCAGGCCAUCUUCUCCCACGCGGCCGGAGACAACAGCACCCUGCUCAGCUUCUCUGAGGGAGAUGUCAUUACCCUGCUUGUCCCGGAGGCCCGCGACGGAUGGCACUAUGGGGAGAACGACAAGAACAAGAUGCGCGGCUGGUUCCCCUUCUCUUACACACGUGUGCUGCCAGAGAGUGAGAAGGAGAAGCUCCAGGUGAAUCUGCACCAUGGGAAGAGCAGCAGCACCGGAAACCUGCUGGAGAGCGACAUGUCUCUGCCCAUGCCUGACUACAGCCUGACUGCCCGCCUGCUGGCACAGAGCCUGGCACAGAGCAGACCCAGGCCUUACAGCAUGGCAGGCUUUGCCACACAGCCUGCCCUUGAGGACUAUGACAGUCGCUUUGCUGCUGCAAGUUUGGGUCCAGAAAUGUCCCGGUUCUGAAAGAACAGGACGUCAGUAAGUCACCAGCCUCCAUCGCCGCUCGCUCGCUUACUCAGCCAACCAACUAAUCACACACUCUCUGGUUCUCUCGGCUGUCAUUGGCUGUCUGGCUUCAGUAAGGUGCUGGGCAUCACUGUUUUUUCCCCCUUUUCCAACCUUCGACCUCUCUGAUUUGCUUUCCUUCCUGAGGCAGGGUUUCUUCCAGCCAAUCCAGGAGGCCCUGGGUUGCAAAAGAAUGUGUGUUUUUCUAUGGAGGUAAAAGUGUCAGAGAAGACUCCUAAGUCCUUCUAACCCUGCAUGUAUGUCUGUUCUGUUCUCUCAGAGUAAAUGUUUAACUCUUAACUCCAAUAAUAAGCACUACAGCAUUGUUUGUCCUCACCUGCAUGCUGGCUCUAACAUUUGCUUUAUAAAUAAUAACUACAGACACACAUUCAGAAACAAAAGUAUUUAGGCAGUGGAAAACUACUACUGUUAAUGCACUUUCUGGUUUCUCUAGGGGUCUCCUAUAAUCUACCAAACAGCAGACUGAAGAUAAAUACCUUUGGGUGGGUGUUGAGUUGGGAUUAGGGGUUUGACCCAAGUGUCUUCCAUGUGUGUUCUAUCCAGACUAACCAUCUCUCUUCCUUGCCCCCCUCUCUCCGCAGUGACCGAGCCCUGGAGAUUUACUUCAGACAACCCAUCAAUGAUGACAGAUCUGCCCCCAUAUUCUACUAGCAGGGGCCCUGACAGCACCCCUGCAGGCCCCUGUGGGUCCCUGGCCCCUCAACCUCUCCUUAACACCUCUGUAAGCCCCUGGCCCCUCAACCUCUCCUUAACACCUCUGUAGGCCCCUAUGGUUCCCUGGCCCCUCAACCUAUCCUCACAACACCCCUGUAGGCCCCUGGGGGUCCCUGGCCUCUCACCUUCCCUAUUACAACGCCCCUGUAGGUCCCUGGCCUCUCACUCUUCCCUUAAACACCCUGUAGGCUACUGGGGAUCCCUGGCCCCUCCCCCUAACCAGCCUGUAGGUCCCUGGCCCCUCCCCCUAAACAGCCUGUAGGUCCCUGGCCCCUCCCCCUUAACACCCCUGUAGGUCCCUGGCCUAUCUAGCUGUCGCAAUACUGAUAAUGAUAAACAUUGAUCUGCAUUUCUAUGUUCCUGUAACUUUAAAUAAUGUACAGCAAACUGUCUAGGAGGUUGAAGGUAAAUACUGAGAGGGAGGACAACGUGUGGUGUGUAUAUAGGUUAUAUUACAGUAAAUUGCUAAAGUUACACUGGAUGUAGAUGUACAGUAUAACAUAAGUACAUUUGUAAAUACUUUUUUCAUUUAAAACUAUUACUUGAUACUCAAGACCAAGUCUGCCCAACCCUCUUCCUGAAGAUCUACUGUCCUGUAGGUUUUCAGCCCAACCCUCCUCCUGAAGAU